AUGUUCGGGAUCUUCCCGAAGCUCAGCUUCCUCGACCAACAAGCCAAAUGGGAUAGCCGCGAUGCUGUUGCCAUGGUGGCCAGCGAGAUCGCCAACUACCCCCGACUUCUAACGCUCGAGCUUCGCGGGAACACGCUCGGUGUUGAGGCCGGUGAAGCCAUCGCCGAAGCCCUGCAGUAUCAUCCGGAGCUGCAACACUGCCUUUGGAGCGAUCUGUUUACCGGGCGGCUGCGUGCCGAAAUCCCACCGAUCCUGCGCUCGCUUUGCGGUUCGAUGAUGAAGGCCAACGUGCAGUUGGUCGAGCUUGAUCUGUCCGACAACGCGUUUGGGCCUAUCGGCGCGGAGAGCAUCAAGGACUUUCUCGAAUCGCCGUCCGCCUACUCCCUGGAGAUUUUGAAGCUGAACAAUUGCGGGCUUGGCAUCGGUGGAAAGCAAAUUGCCACCUCGCUCAUUGAGUGUCAUCGCAGGGCUGCAUCGGUUGGCCGACGUUUUGCUCUAAAGACCUUCGUAGCCGGACGUAACAGGCUCGAAAACGAGUGCGCCAUCGCUCUGGCGGCCGCUUUCCAAACACUCGGGUCGCUAGAAGAAAUCACUAUGCACCAGAACGGCAUCAAGAAAGAGGGCAUUACAGCGCUGGCCUCUGCUUUCCGGGGCAAUCCGAACCUCAAGAAAAUCGACCUGGGCGACAAUACAGCGACGCAGACCGGCGCUCACGCCAUUUCCAAGGCUCUUCCGAUGCUGCACAAACUCGAGUCGCUAUCGCUGGCCGAUUGUCUUUGCCGGGACGCUGGUUGCCACUACAUCAUCGACGCGUUGAACCCGAACACCAACCCCGCGCUCGAGUUUAUCGACUUGAGCGGAAGCGAGCUGACGGCCGAUGCGGCCCUCCGUAUCGCUGAGCGUCUCCCCAAGUUUGGCGGCAACGUGCGGCUGAAGAUUGAGUGCAACAACUUUGGCGAUGAGUUUGAGCUCGUGAGGGAGCGGAUGCCCGAGUUUGUGGAUUGCGGCGAAACCGACGAUGAUCAGGGCAGCUUGGACAGCGACCAGAGUGAACACGAGUCCGACUCGAAUUCUGAAGACAGUGAGCACGACAUCUCUGCUCAGCCUACUAAAGCUGUUUCACCAGCCGACAAACAACAGCUAGCGGAUACGCUGCAGGGGCUACUCUCCGAUAUGGCCGCCCUGCAGGUGGCCGCUGAAGCUCGCGGUGAUGUUCCGUUUCCUCAAACUGAAGAGGGCACCACGAUCACCUGCCUGAAUCAACAGAAGAAAUGGGACAAGCGGGAAGAUGUUGCCCACCUCAUCGAGGAAAUCUGGGCCAGCCCCAACCUCGCAACGCUCGAGCUGCGGGGCAACACCCUGGGCAUCCAUGCCGGCGAAGCCAUUGCUGAUGCUCUUGAGAACCGCCAUCAUCUACGCAGAUGCCUUUGGAGCGAUCUGUUCACCGGGCGGCUUCGUGCUGAAAUUCCGCCAAUCCUGCGCGCGCUGUGCGGCUCGAUGAUGAAGGCCAAUGUGCAGCUGGUCGAGCUCGAUCUUUCUGACAACGCAUUCGGGCCUAUCGGAGCGGAGAGCAUCAAGGAAUUCCUCGAAUCGCCCUCCGCCUACUCCCUGGAGAUUUUGAAGCUGAACAAUUGCGGCCUGGGCAUCGGUGGAAAGCAAAUUGCCACCUCGCUUAUCGAAUGUCAUCGCAGGGCUGCAUCCGCUGGCCGACGGUUUGCUCUCAAGACAUUCAUCGCUGGGCGUAACAGGCUUGAAAACGAGUGCGCGAUCGCUCUGGCUGCCGCUUUCCAAACUCUCGGGUCGCUAGAAGAAAUCACCAUGCACCAGAACGGCAUCAAGCAGGAGGGAAUUACAGCGCUGGCCGCCGCCUUCCAGCACAACCCCAAUCUCAAGAAAAUUGACCUUGGCGACAAUACGGCCACGGAGCUUGGCGCCCACGCCAUUUCGGUUGCCCUUACGAUGCUGCCCAAGCUCGAGUCGCUAUCGCUGGCCGACUGUCUGUGCCGAAACGCUGGCUGCCACUACAUCAUUGAUGCCCUGAAUCCGAACACGAAUCCGCAGCUCCAGUUCAUCGACUUGAGUGGAAGCGAGCUAUCGACGGACGCGGCGCUCCGUAUCGCCGAGCGACUCCCGAAAUUUGGUGGCAGUGUGAAGCUGAAGAUUGAGUGCAACAACUUUGGCGACGACUUCGCGAUGGUCAAGUCCCGAAUGCCCGACUUUGUGGAUUGCGGCGAGAGCGAAGACGAUCAGGGCAGCCUGGACAGCGAGGACGACGAACGAUUCUCCGAUGAAGAC